UUGGCUCUGAGAUCCAUGAAGCUUUACAUACGCCACUCUGUGGAUGAAUUCAGGGUUGCAUUUUGUUUGCAGAGUAAGAGGAAAAAGAGGAGAGAGAUAAAGGAAUCAACCAUGAAGCUUCCUGGUGUUAAUUAUGAAUUACAGAAGAUUUUGGAUGCUAACAUGGAUGAAGUUUCUUCUAGAAGGCGUGCUCGUGAGGCCAUCAAAGAUAUUCAGCUUGGAAUUGAUCAUAUACUGUUUAAGGCUCCAUGUGAAGGACUAAUAAUGAAAGAGUGGUAUGAGAAGAACUCAAGGGGUCUAGAAAUCUUCUGUAAAAGUUGGCUUCCUCCUGAAUCUAGGCCCAAAGCAACAGUGUUUUUCUGUCACGGUUAUGGAGACACUUGCACUUUUUUCUUUGAAGGAAUAGCUAGAAAUUUGGCAUCAUCUGGAUAUGGAGUUUUUGCUAUGGAUUAUCCAGGAUUUGGUCUUUCAGAAGGUCUACAUUGCUAUAUUCCCAGUUUUGAUAGGCUUGUUGAUGAUGUUAUUGAGCAGUACUCGAAAAUCAAAGAAAAUCCAGAGUUCCAUUCUCUUCCCAGCUUCCUAUUUGGGCAAUCUAUGGGUGGAGCUGUUGCAUUAAAGAUACACUUGAAACAACCUAAGGCAUGGGAUGGUGCCGUUCUUGUUGCACCUAUGUGUAAAAUUGCAGAUGACAUGGUUCCACCAAAGUUGGUCACUCAGAUCCUGAUUGGUUUAGCCAAAGUUCUUCCAAAGCAUAAGUUAGUUCCUCAAAAGGAUUUAGCAGAGGCAGCUUUCAGAGAGAAGAAGGGACUGACAGCCUUUAAUGUUAUUGCUUACAAGGAUAAACCGCGCUUAAGGACAGCUUUAGAAAUGCUUAAUACUACAGAAGAAAUAGAACGGCGAUUGAAUGAAGUCUCUCUACCAAUAUUUAUUCUUCAUGGGGAGGCUGAUAUUGUGACUGAUCCAUCAGUGAGCAAAGCCUUGUAUGAGAAAGCAAGUUGUUCAGACAAGAAGCUUAAGCUUUACAAGGAUGCAUACCAUGCUCUUCUUGAGGGUGAGCCUGAUGAAACAAUAAUGCAAGCUUUAGGUGACAUCACUUCAUGGCUAGAUGAACACAGCUUGAAACAUACUCAACCUUCCUCUUAAUACUGAUUACUUUCACUAUCUUUCGAUUCAAAACAAGUACAUUCAGAUUGUUUUCAGCUAAGGGAAAAAAAGAAAGUUGCUAUUGCUUCUAUAAAAGUAACUAGAGCAUCAAAUUUUAAAGUUGUUAGUUCUUCACAAUAUUAGUUAAUUACUAGACCUUGGCCAUGUUUUCUGUGAAUAAUAUAUAAUGUUUAUAUCUUUACAUAAGCAAAAAAGAAAUAUAGUGGGAACACAAAAAUAAUGGCUUUUAUGCCUGCUCUGGGGAAAGAGAGGGGAAGAGGCUGAUUAAGGCUUAACUAGGAACCUCCUUUGUUUGAUAUGGUGUAUAUGUGACUGCAUGGUAUAGCUUUUCCCAUUAUAAUAUUGUAUU